AUGUUCAGGGUGGAGGAGUCUGUCUUCCUCCUCUUCCUCAUCACCUUCCUCCUGACAGGACAGGAUGUCAGUAAACCGGGCGGGGGGAUCAGGGAGGAAGAGGACUGUGAAUCUUUACGGCUCAGAUUACGCGGAACAAAACCCUCUGAGGGAGGAGACAACCUGAACACAGACCCUCUGAACUCUGAAUCUGAGACCUCCAGAGACAGGCUGAGAUCUGAGACCUCCAGAGACAGGCUGAGAUCUGAGACCUCCAGAGACAGGCUGAGAUCUGAGACCUCAUCCACCAAUCAGAACACGUCUCCGGUGUCCUCCACCUUUGAUUCCUCCACCUAUAAACCCCUGAGACUCUACAUCACAAGUCCCUCCAUCCCGGACUCUAAUACAAAGCUACUGAACACAAAGAGACCCCACAGAACCACAACACCUGACCCCAUCUCAGAACACCACCCAUCUACAUCGGAGAACACCUCGGAACACCACCCGUCAACAUCCGACAACACCUCGGAACACCACCCAUCAACAUCAGACAACACCUCAGAACACCACCCGUCAACACCUGACCCCAUCUCAGAACACCACCCAUCUACAUCUGAGAACACCUCGGAACACCACCCAUCAACAUCAGACAACACCUCGGAACACCACCCAUCAACAUCAGACAACACCUCAGAACACCACCCGUCAACACCUGACCCCAUCUCAGAACACCACCCAUCUACAUCUGAGAACACCUCGGAACACCACCCAUCAACAUCCGACAACACCUCGGAACACCACCCAUCAACAUCAGACAACACCUCAGAACACCACCCGUCAACACCUGACCCCAUCUCAGAACACCACCCAUCUACAUCAGACACCACCUCAGCACACCAUCCAUCAACAUCAGACAACACCUCGGAACACCACCCGUCAACAUCCUACAACACCUCCGAACACCACCCGUCAACAUCAGACAACACCUCGGAACACCACCCAUCAACAUCCGACAACACCUCCGAACACCACCCGUCAACACCGGACAGCACCUCAGACCACCACCCAUCAACAUUAGACACCACCUCAGAACACCACCCAUCAACAUCCGACAACACCUCAGAGCACCACCCAUCAACAUCCGACACCACUUCAGAACACCACCCAUCAACAUUAGACAACACCUCAGAACAACACCCAUCAACAUCCGACACCACCUCAGAGCACCAUCCAUCAACAUCCGACAACACCUCGGAACACCACCCAUCAACACCUGACCCCAUCUCAGAACACCACCCUGACACCAGAUCACACCACCACCCAUCAACACCUGACUACACCCCAGAACACCACCCGCCCACAUGGGAUGGAGCUCCAACACACCUGAAUGACAUCAGCAGACCUCGAACUGUGAGGUCACCUGGCCCUCAGUCUGGGGCUCCAUCAGCCACUGAACUGUCAGCGUCACACGGACGCCAUGUUGGCUCCUCCUCCACGCUGUCAAUGACAUCACAGAGGUCAGGGGUCAGGACUGAGGUGGAGCACACAGCCUCCUCUUCCUCCUCCUCCACCACAUUCUCCUCUUCUUCAGAGUCCACCUCGAGUCCAGGUCCUGGUCUCUCUGCUGGUCCAUUUGUUUCUGACUCAAACACACACACAGGUUAUUCAGCAGGCAGUGCUCCACCCGCCUCCACCUCCGCUGCACCUCCUUCAGGUUUGAGGUCUACAUCAGUAACAGAGACGGAUCCUCCAUCCAACCCUAGAGCUCUGCCUACAGCUACACAGGCAUCCUCCUCCGUCACCUCCAUGCUGCUUACAGUCUCUGAGGCUCAGACUGAAGACUCCACCAUCACAGAGGCUCCACCCACUCCUCCAUCAGCUGAGCUGACUUCUACAGGAGAAGCCAACAUCACAACUCUACCAGCUACACCUUCUACAGCCGUCAAAUCAACAGCUACGCCUUCUACAUCCGUCAAAUCAACAGCUACGCCUUCUACAUCCGUCAAAUCAACAGCUACGCCUUCUACAGCCGUCAAAUCAACAGCUACACCUUCUACAGCCGUCAAAUCAACAGCUACGCCUUCUACAAUCGUCAAAUCAACAGCUACACCUUCUACAGCCGUCAAAUCAACAGCUACGCCUUCUACAGCCGUCAAAUCAACAGCUACGCCUUCUACAGCCGUCAAAUCAACAGCUACGCCUUCUGCAUCCGUCAAAUCAACAGCUACGCCUUCUACAGCCGUCAAAUCAACAGCUACGCCUUCUACAGCCGUCAAAUCAACAGCUACGCCUUCUACAGCCGUCAAAUCAACAGCUACGCCUUCUACAUCCGUCAAAUCAACAGCUACGCCUUCUACAUCUGUCAAAUCAACAGCUACACCUUCUGCAACCGUCGAAUCAACAGCUACGCCUUCUACAUCCGUCAAAUCAACAGCUACACCUUCUACAUCUGUCAAAUCAACAGCUACACCUUCUACAUCCGUCAAAUCAACAGCUACGCCUUCUACAUCUGUCAAAUCAACAGCUUCACCUUCUACAUCCGUCAAAUCAACAGCUACGCCUUCUACAUCCGUCAAAUCAACAGCUACGCCUUCUACAUCUGUCAAAUCAAACGCUACACCUUCUGCAGCCGUCAAUUCAACAGCUACACCUUCUACAGCUGUCAAAUCAACAGCUACACCUUCUACAGCUGUCAAAUCAACAGCUACACCUUCUGCAACCGUCGAAUCAACAGCUACACCUUCUACAGCCGUCAAAUCAACAGCUACACCUUCUACAUCCGUCAAAACAACAGCUACACCUUCUACAGCCGCAAAAUCAACAGCUACACCUUCUACAGCCGUCAAAUCAACAGCUACACCUUCUACAGCCGCAAAAUCAACAGCUACACCUUCUACAUCCGUCAAAUCAACAGCUACACCUUCUACAUCCGUCGAAUCAACAGCUACACCUUCUACAACCGUCAAAACAACAGCUACACCUUCUACAGCCGUCGAAUCAACAGCUACACCUUCUACAGCCGUCAAAUCAACAGCUACGCCUUCUACAGCCGUCAAAUCAUCAGCUACACCUUUUACAGCCAUCAAAUCAACAACUACACCUUCUACAGCCGUCAAGUCAACAGCUACACCUUCUACAGCCGUCAAAUCAACAGCUACACCUUCUACAACCGUCAAAUCAACAGCUUCACCUUCUACAACAGCUACACCCACUGAAGCCUCCACCACAGCUGUCAUUACCAUCCCCCCUCCAACCACAACCAUGUCUACAACCACUGCAACCACAACCAGGCCAACUCCACCUGCAGCUACAACAACCAUCAGAUCAACCUCAGCUCCUCCUGAGACUACGACUAUACCUGAGACCUCCACCCAACCUGUGCGUCCCCCAGAGGUCCCCCGCUGUGCGGUGAACUUCACAGAGAUCAGGUCCAGCUCGGACUCAGCCGUGGUUAAAUUCAGCACCGUCGCACGCUUCUGUAACUUUACUGUGAUCAUCGAUGGCCCCGCCCACUCUGACUACACCCAUACCGACUCCGCCCAGCCUGACUCCGCCCAGCCUGACUCCGCCCAGCCUGACUCCGCCCACUGUGACCUCGAUGGGGAGUCAAGGACUGACUUCACCUGCCUGAUCCCUGAUCUGACACCUGGGAGUCUGUACAGACUGACCCUGGUCUCCAAGAAGGACGGAGCGAGGAGCAACGUGUCGAUACGCACAGCCCCCUCACCUGUCCUCGGUCUGCAGGUCUGGUCCUCGUCCUCUCACGGUCUCAACGUGUCGUGGCGUGGGGGUCCAGGCCAUUUGGAGAGGUUCAGGGUUCUGCUGACGGAUCAGGAUCGGGUUCUUCUGAAGAACUUCACUACUUUAAACUCAGAGACCUCGGCUCACCUGGACCACCUGCAGCCUGGGACCCUGUACAAGGUCACCGUGGUAACAGAGGCUGUGGGCCUGCAGAGCUCCGCCUCCAGGCAGGCUGUCACAGUCCCUGCGGCCGUCUCAGACCUGAUCCUGGACCACAACGGCAGCUCAAACAGUCUGCAGGCUUCAUGGAGUCCACCUGAAGGGGGGCUGGAGGUCUAUCUGCUGACCCUGUCUUCUCAGGGAUCUGACCCCCGGGAGCUCCACCUACCACCCAACAUCACCCAACAGGUGUUCAAAGGUCUGACACCUGGACGCAGGUACGAGCUCAGGGUCAGGACUUCAGCAGGGGGACUGAGCUGUGAGACCAGGACCAGCACCAGGACAGUACCUGGGAAGGUGUCGUCCCUCUCCAUGUCCCUGCUCAGGGGGGGCGGGGCUCUGAAGGUAAGCUGGUCGCCCCCUAGAGGAGACUACGAGUACUUCAUCGUGCUGCUGAAGAACGGGUCCCAAGUUCUCUCCAACCAGACCGUCAGUAACCACAGCACGCAGGUCGAGUUCUCCCGCCUGAACCUCGGUCUGCUGCCGGGUCGACUGUACCUGGCCGAGGUCUCCACGCACAGCGGCGUGCUGCGUAACACGGCGUCCUGCAGCAGGCGGCUGGGCCCUGCCCCCGUGCAGCAGCUGGUGGUCCGGCGUUCUGAUGAGACCGUUCUGAGCGUGCUCUGGAGGCGACCCCACGGUGAAUGGGACAGUUUCACAGUGGUCCUCAGAGAGACUGACCCCCCCACCCUGCGGGACCAGAGGCUGCUCUCCUGGGAGGCCACAGACUGCACCUUCAACCUGCUCACACCUGGACGCCUGUACACCGUCACCGUGACGACCAACAGUGGAAACCUGAGCAGCUCCACCUCUGUGACCUCGCGCACAGCUCCGGCUCAGGUAGGCGAGCUGCGGGUCUCGAACGGCGGCAGCACCGACAGCCUGCAGGCGGACUGGGAGCCAGCGCCCGGGGACAUCGACUCGUACGGCGUCCUGCUGGUCCACGACAGCAGUAUCAUCAAGAACCAGAGUCUGAAACCUGACACCACCAGGAUCCACUUCAACCACCUGAGACCAGGAGCGCUCUACAGGGUGGUGCUGACCGCCAUCAGGGCCGGACACGCCUCCAGACAGAGCAUCAGGGAGGGACGCACAGUCCCGGCGGCGGUUGGAGAAGUGACGGUCGGUAACAACGGACGGUCUGACUUCCUCACCGUGUCAUGGCGUCCAGCUGCAGGCGAGGUGGAGGGUUACCUGGUUACCCUGAGUGACAGCGAGAGGACUCUUCACAGCGUGUCGGUCUCUAAGAACAGUCCAGAGUGUGUGUUCAACUCUCUGGUGUCAGGACGACUCUACAACAUCUCCAUCAGCUCCAGGAGUGGCUCCGCCCUCAACCACACCUCCGUCCAGGAGAGGACACGGCCGUCUCCGGUGCAGAGCCCGACGGCGACGCACUCUGCGCGGGACGACUACCUGAAGGUGUACUGGCGUGCGGCUGCAGGUGACGUGGAUGAGUACAAGGUGUUCAUCAAACACAACAACGUGUUCCUGCAGAACCAGACGGUUCCAAAGACGCAGAACGAGUGCGUGUUCCACAACCUGACGCCCGGCAGGCUCUACACCGUGCUGGUCACCACACGCAGCGGGAAGUACGAGACCUCCGCCUCCACCCACGGCAGGACGUUCCCAGCGGCGGUCCGGUCUCUGGUCCUGGCGGGUCGGGGGACGGUGGAGCUGCGGGUCAGGUGGGCGGGAGCCCCAGGUGACGUGGAUCACUACGAGGUCCAGCUGCUGUUCAACGACAUGAAGGUGUUUCCUCCCGUCACCCUGAGCGGCAGCGUGGAGGAGUGCGUCCUGCCCUCCCUCACACCUGGACGCCUCUACAAGGUCCUGGUGUCCACCUUCAGUGGGCCCAACCAGAGGGCGGAGUUUAUAGAGGGCCGCACAGUUCCCAGUAAAGUGAAGAACAUCCAGGUCAGUAACGGGGGGGACAGCAGCAGUCUGAAGGUGAGCUGGACUCCGGGUCAGGGGGACGUGGACGGGUACUCCGUGUUCCUGUUCCGACAGAGUCGACAGCUGGACGUCCGGCUCGUCCUCAAGCAGCAGAACGAGGUGACGUUCGGGUCUCUGCAGCCCGGUCAGGUGUACCAGGUGACGGUGCAGUCCAUGAGCGGAGACCUGCUGAACAACAGCACCGCCUACGGACGCACAGUUCCCUCCGCAGUGACCGGGCUGCAGGUGGACUCCCUCCUCUCCACCUGUAGUCUCCAGGUGAGCUGGCAGGAGGCCCUCGGGGUCUCUGACGGGUACGUCCUGCAGCUUCAGGACGACAGAGGGAGCCUGCUCGAUAACUCCUCUCAGCCCUCCGGACACACCGACUUCAGGUUCGACCGCCUCACCCCGGGGAAGAAGUACCGAGUCCUGGUCCAGACCAGCAGCGGGGGGAUCCACAGCCGGGGGGUCAGUGCCGAGGCCCGCACACGGCCUGCAGCCGUCACCGAUCUGACCGUUCAAACCAACACCACCACCAGCCUGUCCUUCCUCUGGACUGCACCUGACGGGGAGUUCGACCUCUACGAGAUCUUCCUGUACAGACCAGACGACUCGCUGCAGGAGACGCGACGCGGCCAGACCGGCAGUCAGCAGGUCUCCUUCCAGGGCCUCAGACCUGGAGCCCCCUACAGGCUGAUGGUGGUGACGCACAGCGGAGAGUACAGAAACCAGUCUUCCACCUGGGCCAGGACAGUCCCAGCAGCCGUGGGGUCUCUGGAGGCUCACAGUGGGAACCGGUCUGAUGCUCUCUGGGUGACCUGGACUCGAGGAGGCGGUGACCUCAGCGGCUUCCUGCUGACUCUCUUUAAAGCCGACGGCUCCCAGAAGGCCGAGCAGCAGCUGGGGUCAGAGGUCACCAAGUGCGUCUUCUCAGACCUGAUCCCGGGUCGGCUGUACCGAGCCGAGGUCCUGAGUCUGAGCGGAGAACUGAGCAACAGAGCCAGCAUACUGGGCAGGACCGCUCCCACUCCUCCGUCCUCCUUCCUGUUCAGGGGGGUCACCAACACCUCCCUGGAGAUCACCUGGACCGGUCCCACGGACUCAGACUACGAUGACUUCGACCUGCAGUGGACUCCUCAGGACCGGCUGUCCGUCAUCAACCCGUAUCACAGCCGGACUUCAGGCAGUCGCAUCCUGAGGGGGAUGUUUCCGGGACGCCUGUACACCUUCAGCCUCCGCACCCUCAGCGGGGCCACUGAGCCUGAGGCCACGCCCACUUUCAGCACCGCCAUCCACAAGAGCAUCCGAACCAAGCCGGAGCGAGUCCACAGCCUCCACUGUCGCCCUCAGAGCUCCACCUCCAUCUCCUGCUCCUGGGAACCCCCGGAGGCCGACUAUGACUCCUACACCAUCGAGUGUCUCCACCAGGACUCCCGGGUCCUCGUCUACUCCAGACGGACCAGCCGAGACUCCACCAGCUACCUGGUCACCCAGCUGGAGCCCCACAAACGCUACGCCGUCUCCGUCAAGGUCAUCUCAGACGGGACCACCAGCGACGAGGCCCAGGACAGCGUGGUCACCAUGAUCGAUCGUCCCCCGGUGCCCCCCCUCAGCACCCGGGUCAGUGCCUGGUCUGCCGUGGUCACCAAGUCCUCCAUCUGGUUCUCCUUUAACUGCAGCUGGUUUAGUGACGUAAACGGGGCGGUCCGGUUCUUCGCCGUGGUGGUGGCCGAGUCUGAAGGUGUGGACGAGGAGCUGCCCCUGCAGCAGCACCCUCUGCCGUCCUACCUGGACUAUAAGUCCAACAGCUCCAUUCGGUCCUAUCAGACCGGUUUCUUCCCCAGUCGCUGCACCGAGGGCCCUGACAGCAGCUCCUCAGGGUUUCAGAUGAGUCUGGGGACGGGGAUGGACCUACUUGGGGGAUCCUGUAGCCGCAGAGACCCGGAUCCAGAGACCAGCAGGGACCUGAACCUGUUCUGUGACGGACCUCUAAAACCAAAAACUGGCUACAGGCUCAGCGUGCGAGCCUUCACUCAGCUGUUUGAUGAAGAGACGGACCAGGUGACCCUCAGGACCCUCAGGACCCUCAGGACCCCUCUGUUCACAGACACCUUCCUGUCUCUACCUGUCGUCACUGAGGCCGAGCCUCUGAGCGGCGUGAUCGAGGGCGUCAGUGCCGGCUUGUUCCUCAUCGCCGUGAUGAUCGGCGUCACCGCUCUGCUGGUCUGCAGGCAGAGGGCUCGUAAAGUGGUGGAGCAGCGAUCGACGGUCAGGAUGAGUGUGAGGAGAGAGAGGACGUCACCUGGAGCUCACACAGGUGUCCGAGGACACCGUCGUCUUACCAGUCCCAUUAAGAUGCAGAACUUUGAGUUCCACUUCCUGAAGCUUCAGGCGGACUCUCACUACCUGCUGUCUCAGGAGUACGAGGAUCUGAGGGAUGUGGGUCGUAAUCAGUCUUUGGACUCUGCUCUGCUACCAGAGAACCGAGGGAAGAACCGAUACAACAACAUCCUGCCCUACGACUCCACCAGAGUGAAGCUCUCCUACGUGGACGACGACCCGUGUUCAGACUACAUCAACGCCAGCUACGUCCCUGGUAAUAAUUCCCGUAGGGAGUACGUGGCGACUCAGGGUCCUCUUCCAGGGACGAAGGAUGAUUUCUGGAAGAUGGCGUGGGAGCAGAACGUUCAUAACGUGGUGAUGGUGACUCAGUGCGUGGAGAAGGGACGGGUGAAGUGUGACCGGUACUGGCCUUUGGAUCAGGACUCUCUGUACUACGGGGACCUGAUCGUCAGGAUGACCUCAGAGUCCGUCCUACCUGAGUGGACCAUACGAGAGUUCAACAUCUGCAGCGAGGACCAGCUGGGUGUGUGUCGUCUGGUCCGUCAGUUCCACUACACCGUGUGGCCGGAUCACGGAGUCCCGGAGACCACUCAGUCCCUGAUCCAGUUUGUCCGGACUGUGAGGGACUACAUCAACAGAAGUCCUGGAUCUGGACCCACUGUGGUCCACUGCAGUGCCGGCGUGGGUCGGACGGGGACCUUCAUAGUUCUGGAUCGGGUUCUGCAGCAGCUGGACUCAAGGGACUCGGUGGAUAUCUACGGCUCGGUGUUUGAGCUGAGGCUGCACCGCUCUCACAUGGUGCAGACGGAGGGUCAGUAUGCGUACCUUCAUCAGUGUGUGCGUGACGUCCUGAGAGCGAGGAAGCUGCGUGGCGAGCAGGAGCUCCUCCAGUGUCCUGUGUAUGAGAACGUGACCUUCGUCUCUCAGAGAGAGACGCUGAGCAGCAGACGAUGAAGAGGAACACUUUUAUAUUUUUAUAUUUUAUAUGAAUGUUUUUGACUUCAUGAGAUUAUUUAUGUUACAAACUGUCUGAAUGUACCGCUCACUCUUCAUCACUCUUUAUUAACUCUGUGUCAGCACUCAGUGAUGAUGAUGAUGAUGAUGAUGAUGAUGAUGAUGAUGAUGAUGGGUCGUGGAUGGAUGCAGAAACAGGACUAGCAUGAAGUGGGGUCAGGUCUGAUAUCUCCUCAUAGAAACAGCUGAUUAUUGAUUAUUGGCAGUUGAGAUGAUGUAUUGAUGAGGUCCUCCUGUGAUACUGAGUCUCUGCAGACCGUCACAGUGACCCACUCUGAGUCUGUCUGAGAGGACCUGCAGACCGUCACAGUGACCCACUCUGAGUCUGUCUGAGAGGAUCUGUCGCUCCCUCUGUCCAUGACUCCAUGUUUCAUCAGAGGACGAGCCCACAGACUCUGAACGUCAGAGACGCACACAGUAAAGACUCUGCUCAACGGACUGAUUCAGGAUCAACAUGUUCACAGAAACAGAUCCCUGCAGAGAGAGAGCGUAGUGUCAAACACACACACGCACACACACACACACACACACACACACACACACACACACACACACACACACACACAGACCCGUAACAUGUAAACAUGAGGGUCGAACACAGGAGCUCUCCUUUCAGCUGUAAAGAGUACGUCACUCUUUGAGGAGCGUUUUUAGAAAACACAGAUUUUAUUUAAAGGCCAAAUUAAGUAUUCAUCAGGAAAGUGUGACGCUUACUGCCAACCAAUCAGAGCAGCUGUUGGUGUAAAGGUGUGACGCCUCCUGUCAACCAAUCAGAGCAGCUGUUGGUGUAAAGGUGUGAUGCCUCCUGUCAACCAAUCAGAGCAGCUGUUAGUGUAAAGGUGUGACGCCUCCUGUGAACCAAUCAGAGCAGCUGUUGAUGUAAAGGUGUGACGCCUCCUGUGAACCAAUCAGAGCAGCUGUUGGUGUAAAGGUGUGACGCCUCCUGUCAACCAAUCAGAGCAGCUGUUAGUGUAAAGGUGUGACGCCUCCUGUGAACCAAUCAGAGCAGCUGUUAGUGUAAAGGUGUGAUGCCUCCUGUGAACCAAUCAGAGCAGCUGCUGGUGUAAAGGUGUGAAGCCUCCUGUGAACCAAUCAAAGCAGCUGUUGGUGUAAAGGUGUGUGAACAGAUGUUCAGGGUCUGUGGAGCUCGUCAGAGGGUUUACCAUGUUUAAUGAGGUCCAGUCUGAAGCACAGUGGGAUCUGGUCUCUCUGAUGGUCUUGAGGGAGCAGGUAGAGUAACAUCUGAUUAAUCAUUAUGAUGCUGACCUGCUCCAACGUGACCGUAAACUCACUGAGCUCCAAUGUUUCUGCCUGUAUCAAUAAUCUCUGUGGAUCAAUGAUCCUGCUGUAUUAAACUGUUAAUGCUGA